UCAAGCAAAGCCUAACAAGUCUGCUUCUGACGGACGACGGGAUGCCGUCUACAAGAAGAAAGACGUCUUGGACCGCAGAGCCGCGUGGUCACGUGUGGCGCUGCGCGGCGGUGAAAACUCUCUGGACGUGCCUACUGGUCGUCAGCUGGCACUGCCCGGCAGGUGUGCUGGGUGACAACUCUAGUUCUAGCAUCACUCCCUACACUUCAGCCUCCAGCACUGUGGCACCAUCCCCCACCUCUCCCUCCCCCUCCUUCUCCUCCUCCUCUCCCCACCCCUCCCCCACCUCCCUCCCUCCCACACCCACUCCAACUCCCCCGGUCUCCAAACCGUUCCUCAACUACAUGCUGAGCGGGAAGCUACAUCUGAUGAUUCAGACCAUUAACAUCUUUAUCUAUACUGGUGAAGGUGAGGGAUAUUACAACCUGACAGAGAAAGACUACCCAGCUCUGGAGUCCCAACCGUCACACCAGGUCGCAAACGUCUCCAGCUACCAGUUGAACUUCACCAAACAGUACUUCUACAACAAUACUGGCUCGUUUGUCUUCACGUUCAUACUGAAGCAGGAGCCCUCCUCCACGGACCAGAUGUGGUACAUCUCCUCAUUCACCCACAGGAACCGCACCGCGACCGACCACUCAAACUCCUCCGAUGUCUGCUCAUUCUCCUACUCUGGGAUGUCUGCCGUACACGCUCCAUCUGACCUCACCUACUUCUGCUCUGGCAUAGGGUUCAGAGGAGAUUGUGUAGACAGCGAGAUCAAAUCUGAGGUUCAGUUUUCCGGGCUGUUCAUUCAGGCCUUCCAGACCCCGAGCAGCAAAUCCACUUACGUAGACUGUGGAGCUAAAGACCACAACAACUCUAUUAUCGAUGUGGUAGUUGGUUCAGUGAUAGGAGCGACAAUUGGUAUAGCUAUCAUAAUAAUUGCGGCAACCCUGGUCAUUAAGGUAAUCGGGAAGAAGGUUCGGUGGAGGAAGUAUAACUUGCUAGAUGACUGAGUAUUAUUGUCCAUUGGUUGUGUAUAUUUAUUUUUGUGUCUCUAAACUAUUAACGUGUGCAAUUGUGUUUUUAAAGAUUACAAAUACGCACAAAUAUUUGCUGAUACAAAACCCGCACAUUAACUUGUGUGAUUGUGAUGUAACUGGUUUAAUAUUGGUCUUUGCAAAAGGGCUUAUUUCAAUGUUCUUUGAAUAACCUUUGCAAUGUGAUCUCUGUAAUAAUACAUGGGGGGACACUUUCAUGUGAGGCUUGAAUCAAUGUUGAGCUGUCGUUGGUAGUCUGCUACACUAUAAUGACAAGGUGAUGUACAACUG